AACUCAUUUUUUCUUCCAAUUUCUCUUUCAACUUUCCUUCUCUUAUUUUGCACUUCCAUCCCCCAAGUUCCAAACGGAGCCUUAAAAGUCAGGCUCCGGCUUGGCUCGUCUCUCUUUCACGGUUUCACCCUGUUUUCAGUAACCGACUCGCCGUUGCAAACUCCCUGAUGCCCUGCAGCGAUGUGCAAACUGCAAACGAAUGGCUCUGCAAAGUGCCUGUUCUCUUCUUAUAGUGAGAGAAAAGCAUCCACCAUGCGCGUUUCCCACUGUUUCUAUAUGGCACUCAAUACUUCGACAAUGGUACUCUCAAAACUCUCUGUAAUUCACUAUGGACACCGACAUUUAUUCACUCCUAUACAAACCAUAUGUACAUAUCACAUCAACAGUGCCGUUAAUUUCUCAACUUCAUGUUUAUCAUUGUAGAGAGAGAGAGAGAGAGAGAGAGAGAGAGAGAGAGAGAGAGAAUUUCUCAACUUCAUGUUUAUCAUUGUAGAGAGAGAGAGAGAGAGAGAGAGAGAGAGGAGGAGGAGGAGGAGGAGGAGCAAGAGGAGGAAUGGCAAAACAGAACUUCUUGAAUAUCAAGCUGAAAUUCAGAGAAAUGCAGUGGGCCGACACAAACACAAUACAGACACAAUACGUUUAGAGGUCAGCAUGACAUGGUAUUUAGAACGGCAUGACGCCAACACUAUUGUUCGGUUUGUCUAGGCCGCCAUUUUGGGGCACAUGUGGUCAUGGAAAAGCACGGGCACGACUUUGCCACAGGAACAACACAAGCAUUCACGACACUGGCACGGGAAAAUUGUUACUUUGCCAUAAAUGGCGGACUGGCUUCCUGAUAAGUGGCAAGUCGAAAUUGCAAUUGGUAAAGAUGGUUCGAAAAGUGAGUACUACCGCCACAAGGAAACCGGGCAAACUUUUCCUACAGUUGGAGACAUGCUACGAUAUGUGAAUUAUUUGAGGAAUGAGGAGCCUGACGUUCCAAACUUUAAAAAGCAUUUCAUGAAUGACGACGGAACAAUAUUUGCGGAGCGACCAUGGGAGAAAGAUACUGAGCACACCAUGCACGACUACAUUCAUGGUCGUGUUGGAAAAUGCAAAGGUAUGGCUCCUGAAAGCAGCUUUGCUACUGCAACUAAUGCAAAGAUGAGGGAGAAACUGGAUCAGAAAAUCAAAGGUAAGGCGCCUGAAAGCAGCUUUUCCCAAGCAAAUGUGGGUUGACAGAAGAUAACACCACAAAAGGAAGAAGUGAAAUGAGAGGUUCCCCUAUGGUCUAUCUUUGGCCUGCUGUAAUGACUCUAUAACAGCAAUUUGGCUAAAUAAUAACAUGCAAAGGAAAACUGCAUUGUUAAAUAAACUGGAAUAAGUUUGUCCCUUUAUGUUUAGGGCAUGCCUUAUGUUUUAGGCUUUAAGGUGAAGGAUUUGUGUGAGUUUGAGUAAUGCUUGUCCCCCUAUCUCCCUCUCUGGAUUUCACUUUUUAAGGGAAAAGAAUUCAUUGGAGUUUGACAACCCCAAUGAAUGUGAUUUUGCGAUCGGAUUGUUUUCUUAAUAUACAAGUGCUUGGAGAC